UAUUCAGUAUUCUGGCUUUAUUCAUUAUUAUAGACUGAGUAUUAAUACUGUUAUUUUAGAGUUAUAUACUGUUAUUUUACUGUUAUUAGUCUUGAGAGCAUCAAUUCAAAUGAAAACAGGAAUUCUUCACAUCGCUUUCCAGUAUGUUCAAUGUUUUCAUUGUCCUGGAAGAGGAGGUUCUGAUGGAAAACAUGGGAGACUUUACAAAUGCUUUCAGUGUCCUCUUUCAAGAAAAAGAAUGAAUGUAUAACGAGUUAAAAUACAUGUCUGAGUUUAUUCAGAAGCUCCUCUUGAACCUCGGGACUGAGAGCAGCAGAGAAGUGCAAAGUCUGAGGAACAACUUAUUGUGAAUCUUUUUCGUUAUAUCAUAUCUUGUGGUGCGUCUAAGAGAUUUGACUAAAUCGAGAUGCUGCUCAUCAUCGAAGCUCUUCUUCUCAUUUCAGCUGCUCUAGAACAGGGUCACAGAGCUGCUGCUGAAGGACUGAUCUAUCCAUUCAACAUGGCACUGAACUCAGUUGAUGACCAGUAUGAUGGAUGUACAGAAGAAAUGGCUCACCUGGUGAUGACAGAAUACCUAGAGAAGGAACUCAAUAGCUCCGCUGCAUUUAAAACAGCUUGGCAAGAAGCUGAAAACAACACCUCGGCCGCCGAAGAUGACUUGACAGAGAACCAUUUAAUUGCUAUUUACGUGUACACUAAUAAAGAAGUAUACCGUGAGUUCAAUAACGCUGUCCGCAGAGUUUAAGACGAAUACAAAAACAUGACAUACCCAUGGUAUUCCCUUCAUUUUUUGUUAACUGAGGCGAUACAGCUUCUGAAGAAAACACAGCAACGCUGUAAGUCGACUUACCGUGGUACAGAUGUUGAGUUUGAUACAGAUGUUCUGGACGCAGAGGUCCGUUUCGGCUCUUUUACAUCCUCGUCUCUGAAUCGUACAGUAGCUGAAGGUUUCGGAGAUGUGUUUUGUUUUGAAAUCUACACUUGUGAAGGUGCUGAGGUGGCAAAUUAUUCGAAGUUUCCUGAUGAGGACGAGGUGCUGAUUCCUCCGUAUGAGACAGAUCAGAAGGAUCUCUGGUGCCAAACUGUGUUCACGCUGGAAAGCUCGGGGAAAACCAGCGACCUGAACUGUAGGCUGUUUAACAGUGGAAACCAUGUUACUGGUUUUAGUGUUUUACUCAUUUUAACAUUACUUUGUAAAAUGUUUACCUGCUGACUUGCAGAUCCUGUAUGUUUCCUGUUGAUGAACUUUGAAUCAGAUUUAACUUGGGGACAGUUGAUACAACUUUUCAUAACAUGAACUGAAUUUGGUUUUCUGAAUUUGAGUUAAAAACACCUGAAUACUUUUGUUUUUAUAUAUAGAUUUUACUCCUCUGUUCUUGUUUCAUGUACACAUUGAGAAUAUUUUCUAUUUAUCC